AUGGAAGGCCGACGGGUAUGUGAACCAACGUGGAUUCUGGGUUUGGCAAGGCCGUACAGCACCUGCAAAGGCAUCCGAGGGAAUUCACCUCACGCGUGCAGUGCUUCUCGUAAGCCAGCUCUCAACGAUGGGCACGCUGUCAUCACCACGGCGGAAGGAACAUACGGUUUUUAUAAUUCCAUGAGUUGCUGCCACUUUGACGUCACCUCAUUUUGUUCACCGCAGAGCCCCCAUCAAAAUCUCACAGCUGCAGGCCACCCACUAUCGCCUUCUUUCGACAUCUCGCUGCCGGUUUUCUUGUCUUCCUCGAACGAUGUAGUGAAGUGCAGCACGGAACCGCAGGCUUUGUUGUUGCGUGGAGGGGGGAGGCCGAACGCGAGCCCAGAGGAUGCACUGCGUGUACCAGGUGGCAUGAAAUCCACCGCUGAAUGCUGUAAAAUGUUGGCAGAUACUUACGACGCAGGAGUGUUGCAUGCGUCGACUUCCCUUCAUUUGGAAAUCCGUGAUUCAGGGGUACCUGAGUCCUUCCGGAACAUCGGCAGUUUUAGAACGAGCACGUCUGCUGCAGAGGAAUUGUACGACCUGCGCGACGAACCUCUCGUUCCACAGAGCUCAUCUAGUGACAAAUUCCGGCACUGCAGUGAGCAUGACGCUGAUCUGCGCGAGGGAUAUGAUAUCACGGGUGGGUUCAGUCAUAUGAUACCAUCGGAGCCGCUUUUACAGGCUGUCGAGGCGCGCGGAAUGGAUCAUUUCUCCGCCCACACCGUUGUCGUUGCAGACACUCAUCCUGAAUUGGACUCUCACAUGUCAGGAACGCGCAGUCCGAUUCAUCCAGAAACCCAGGAGGAGGCAUGGUCGGAUAUCGUUCUAACGAGAGGCCAGGAUCCAGGCAGUUCCGUCGUUGGGUCUGCGGUGGUGGGGACGGCCAAGAGCAGCAUGCGCAUCAUGAAGGUUUUGUUGGGUUCUGUCCGUGUGUAG